UUGACAUCGUUCCUCCCCGGGCUCCAGCUCUGGUCCCCCAGACGCUCUCAGCACGAUGUCAGCCUCGCCUGCCAGCAAUGGGGUGUUUGUUGUCAUCCCCCCAAGCAACGCCAGCGGUCUCCGCCCACCGCCAGCCAUCCUGCCCACCUCCGUGUGCCAGCCUCCGGGGAUCAUGCAGUUCGAAGAGCCACCACUAGGGGCGCCGCCGUCCAGGGCCACCCAGGCCCCAGACCUGAGACCCAUGGACACCUUCCUGACCGGAGAGCCCAAAGCCUUAGGGACCGUGCAGAUCCUCAUCGGCCUCAUCCACCUGGGCUUUGGCAGCGUGCUGCUCAUGGUCCGCCGCGGCCACGUGGCCAUGCUCUUCAUUGAAGGCGGUAUCCCCUUCUGGGGAGGAGCCUGCUUCAUCAUCUCUGGGUCCCUGUCUGUGGCAGCCGAGAGGAGCCAUACCAGCUGCCUGGUGAGGACCAGCCUGGGCACCAACAUUCUCAGCGCCACGGCAGCCUUUGCCGGGACGGCCAUUCUGCUCAUGGAUUUUGGGGUCACUAACUGGGAUGUGGGCAGGGGCUACCUGGCCGUGCUGACCAUCUUCACCAUCCUGGAAUUCUUCAUCGCCGUCAUUGCCACCCACUUUGGAUGCCAAGCCACCCGCGCACAAGCCAACGCGCCGGUGAUUUUCCUGCCCAACGCCUUCAGCACAGACUUCAUCCCCAGUCCGACGGCCUCUCCGCCCCCCGCCUAUGACAACGUGGCCUACAUGCCCAAGGAGUCCUCCGACUAGAUGGUGGCCUCCUUGAAGCCCAGCCACCCCCCAGAGCCAGCCACUCCCCGCUUGGUUAAUCUGGGGACAAAC